AAUGAGUAGAAAGGUUGAUUCUGUGAAAGACAUCAAUGACUCAAAAGAAACUUGGCGUCUUGUUGUUCGAAUAAUGGAUGUUUGGAGUGUUGUGAAUAAUAAGGGUAUUGAACAUUUGGAGAUGAUUGUUAUGGAUUCCUUGGGUGAUCGGAUUCAGGUCUUUAUUCGUCAUGACCAUUUACUGAAAUGGAAAGAGGUCAUUAAGGAGAAUAUGAACUGCAUUAUAAACAAUGGCAGUGUCUAUAACAAUGAUUUUCAAUGGAAGGUAUGUGAUCAUUCAAAAAAAAUUGUGUUUCUUGGUGGUACCACAAUGAAGGCAAUCGAACUUCAAAAUAUUCCACCUAAAGGAUAUUUCUUUAAAGAUUUUGGUGAGAUACUUCAAGGCAAAUGCAAAACCGAUAGACUGGAAGAUAUUAUUGGUGUUGUUAGUGAGAUAAACCAUAUCCAAUCCAACACUCCGGGGAAGAAAGUUGUUGUUUCUGUUGUGCUGAAAGAUUUGAAGUAAUGCGCAUUGUUUUCA